CGGUCCCGCGGUCCGGCCGCCGGGGAGGGUCCCUCGGGCCGCGGUGUCACUCCGGCCGGCUACCCCCGGGUCAGCGCUUUCCCGACCUCAUGGUCCCCACCGAGGGACGUAUCACCCGCUGCCCGGGCAGGGUUUGUAUUUCCCUCCGCCUGCUUGGGUUGCCAUGGUUACCGGUGGUUGGGUCCCCGGUGUCCCCGGCACGUAAGUCAUCCUCACUUCUGCCAGUCGGUGUGCCUGACACCGUGUCACUCGUAGGCACGGUCAGUGUCGUCUGUCCGGUGGCCUUUCUGAAAGUUCAGUGUUCUGCUUGUGCGGCCCUAUCAUGGAGUAUCUUAGAUCCCUGAAAGAGUAAACCCCUGUGUGGAGUCAAGGCAAGCAGAUCUGAAACGGCACCUCUUGUUUUGCAGAUUUGUCGUGAUUCAGAAACAGUUUGUGUCUCCUGCAGGCUGUAGCUCCUGGGACACCCCCUUAUUUUCUUCCUCGCAGUGUUCCUUCCUAAGAGCUUCCUAUGGAGAACCAGCCAUCCGAAUCACUUGCGUUUGAUAUUAUGGAAUAGCCUUCUGUAGAAAUCGCAUGCCCUAUAUACAGCUAUAGUGUGUGGAUUGUGGAUAACUUGACAGUUUUGUGCUUGGCCUGUAUUGAUGAAAAUUUGGACAUGGUGAAGUUUCUGGUGGAGAACAGAGCCAAUGUAAACCAGCAGGACAACGAGGGCUGGACACCCCUUCACGCAGCAGCUUCCUGUGGCUAUCUCAACAUAGCAGAGUAUUUCAUUAGCCAUGGAGCCAGUGUGGGUAUUGUGAAUAGUGAAGGUGAAGUCCCCUCUGACCUUGCAGAAGAGCCUGCCAUGAAGGAUCUUCUUCUGGAGCAAGUGAAGAAGCAAGGAGUUGACCUAGAGCAGUCAAGAAAAGAAGAGGAACAACAGAUGUUGCAGGAUGCCCGCCAGUGGCUCAACAGUGGGAAAAUAGAGGAUGUGAGGCAGGCUCGCUCAGGGGCCACAGCCCUCCAUGUGGCUGCUGCCAAGGGCUACUCUGAGGUCCUCAGACUUUUAAUUCAGGCUGGCUAUGAACUCAAUGUUCAAGAUCAUGAUGGGUGGACUCCCCUCCAUGCUGCUGCACACUGGGGAGUGAAGGAGGCUUGCUCCAUCCUGGCAGAAGCACUCUGCAACAUGGAUAUCAGGAACAAACUGGGCCAGACACCAUUUGAUGUGGCCGAUGAGGGUCUUGUGGAGCACCUGGAGAUGCUCCAGAAGAAGCAGAAUGUGCUUCUGAGUGAAAAAGAGACACGGAAUAAGCUCAUUGAGUCAGACCUGAAUAGCAAGUUGCAGAGUGGACUCUUCAAGAACAAAGAGAAGAUGCUCUAUGAGGAAGAGACAUGUAAGUCCCAAGAAAUGGAGGAAGAAAACAAAGAAUCCAGCAGCUCCAGCUCAGAGGAAGAGGAAGGUGAAGAUGAAGCUUCAGAGUCAGAAACUGAGAAGGAGGCAGUAACAGAUAAAAAGCCAGAAGCCAUUGUCAACCAUUCCAACUCUGAAAGCAAGAGAAGUACCAUGGAGCAGACACCAGCACCAGCUCAGAAUACCUUCUCCACCUCUUCGGCCAGAAGAUUCUCCUCCAGCCUUUUUAACAAGCCGGAAGAGCCCAAAGAUGAAUCUCCUUCUUCAUGGAGGCUAGGACUCAGAAAAACUGGCAGCCACAACAUGCUGAGUGAGGUGGCCGGUUCCACGGAGGCCCUAAGGGACCGAGGCUCUUCCGUCUACCGCUCAUCAUCCAGCCCUCGGAUCUCCACUCUGCUGGACAGCAAGGAUAAGGACCGAGAAAACAGAAGCUAUCUUAACUCACUCGCACCCCGAAGGCUCAGCAACACAAGUGACGUUGAAGAGAAGGAGAACAGAGAAUCAGCUGUAAAUCUAGUGCGGAGCGGCUCCUAUACCCGGCAGCUGUGGAGGGAUGAAGCAAGGGAAAAUGACACUCCACAGACAAUUACUCCUUCCACCUACGUAUCAACCUAUUUGAAAAGGACACCUUACAGAUCCCAGGCUGACUCAACAGCAGAGAAAACAGCAGACAGUGUCUCUUCUAGCACCCCGCUCUGCGUGAUCACCAACCGCCCUCCACCUAGCACUGCCAAUGGGGUUACAACUGCCACUCUGCUCUCCUCUCCUGGAACGGACUCCUCGGCGGAAGCCAGGGAGAGGAGGAGGUCAUACCUGACUCCUGUACGCGAUGAGGAAGCAGAGUCAUUGCGGAAGGCACGCUCCAGACAAGCUCGGCAGACUCGAAGGUCUACUCAGGGUGUGACCCUGACAGACCUGCAGGAAGCAGAGAGGACUUGCAGCUGGUCGAGGGCGGAGCGGCAAGCUCAGGAGCACCCAGGCCAGAAGCCCGUGGGCGCCGAGGAGCUUGAGGGGAGCACCAAGAAGCCUGAGCCCUCAGUGGCCCCAGCAAAGGGAGCUGGGGAGGGCCAGCAGCCCUGGGGCAGGAGUCUGGAUGAAGAGCCUGUCUAUCGUCGCCUGAGGUGUCCAACUCAGCCGGACAAACCCACAACACCAGUGUCUCCUUCUGCAUCCAGACCCUCUCUCUACACCAGUUGCCACCUACUACGGACAAAUAGGUCUUCAGUCCCUGAUUCUGAGAGUUCAGAGACCACCACGAACGCUGCAAUUGCAAAAGAAAUGGACAAAAAUGAGAGUGAAGAAGCAGAUUUGGAUGACCAGUCCUCUCACAGGCUGUCCAUCCGUGAGAGGAGGCGGCCCAAGGAACGACGAAGAGGCACGGGCAUCAAUUUCUGGACAAAGGAUGAAGAUGAAACUGAUGGCUCUGAAGAGGUCAGAAAAGCAUGGCAUGAAAGACUUUCUAGGUUGGAAUCGGGAGGUAGUAACCCGACAACCAGUGAUUCUUAUGGUGACCGGACCUCAGCAAGAGCCCGCCGGGAGGCCCGGGAGGCCCGUCUGGCCACCCUGACCAGCCGUGUGGAAGAAGACAGCAACAGGGACUAUAAAAAACUCUACGAGAGUGCCCUGACCGAAAACCAGAAACUGAAGACAAAACUUCAGGAGGCCCAGCUGGAGCUAGCAGAUAUAAAAUCCAAGCUCGAGAAGAUGGCCCAGCAGAAACAGGAGAAGACCUCUGACCGAUCAUCAGUGCUGGAGAUGGAGAAGCGGGAGAGGCGAGCCUUGGAGCGGAAAAUGUCGGAGAUGGAGGAAGAGAUGAAGGUGUUAACAGAACUGAAAUCUGACAACCAGAGGCUGAAAGAUGAAAAUGGUGCCCUCAUCAGAGUCAUCAGCAAACUGUCCAAAUAGACUGGGCUCUGGCUUUAGGAGGGAAUGCACGGCAUUUGCUGCCCACCCCUCUUCUCCAGCCACUGCCUUCCAGCCAAAAGAAGUGACUGUCUGGUGGAAGGACAGCUCCCUGACCCGCCUCCAGUCACCUCUGCACUGUACAUGUUUUCUCCUCUCAGUGCUCCGUGCCUCCUAUACCCCCACCCCUGAGUUUAUGACAGUUUAAUUGAAGCAUGAUUGUGACCAUUCGAGCCAUGUGGAGAAGGCUUUGGGGCGUGCACCAGGCUCAGCUGUGGACCCCAACUUCUGCUGCUCAGUGCUUGUCCACAUUGGAUUUGGUCCAGACAUGUAAGGCCUCUGCCCAAACCAGUGCCCCAUGGCCUUUUACCCUGACCCAGGCCCUCUGGUGUAGGUGAGUCUAAUGACGGCCACUCCAGGACCCUGACGGGAUGCCAAGAGAAGCAGCAGGAUAUUGGAAUAACCAUCGGACAGCCUCUGGAACUGUGUGCACGUCAGAUUCCAGGUGACAGCCACUGCACUGAGGGUUCUGCUAGUCUUCACCUCUCAGGAACUGACUGUUCUCUAACUCCCCACUGGUGUUACUGUUGUUUUUUCUGUCCACAACCCAGUAAUAUCCCUGCCUAGUCUUACCCCCUAUUCCUCCCUCAUGCCUAGUCCUCUCCCCAGGGCUUCAUUUAUUCCUCUCCUUUCCAUCCUUUUAUUUUCCUUUCUGCCUUCCCUCCACCCACCUCACCCCAUGGUAUAAAAGCCAGAACAGAGCGCCCCACCUCAGUUGUCUUUGGCCCUUAUGGAAGAUCAUUUCUCCUGGGGCACUCUGGAGACAGGAAGAAUUGCCUUGGUGGUGGUACCACCAGCCCCCUCCCUGUAAAGCCAGACCAUGGCCUAUGUCACAGCCUAUUGUUCUCUUCUCCCACUUGUUUUCCUGCACAGUGGUUUUCUAAGAAAGUCCGGGCUCUGAACGCCCCAUUCUGCCUCACCUCCCUUUGACCUUGUUUUCUUCUCUUCAUUCUGGCUCCCACUCCUAAUGAGAAAUGAGGUCAUUGCAAGGAGGCAUGAGAGGGGCGGGCAGAUUGAUGGAGAUGGGCUGGGGAGUGCAAGCAGGUUGGAAAGACAUAGUGUAAGUAGAGUAUCUGAGGACACUUACAACAUUGUGGCAAAGAAGAUGGAAGAUGACAGCCCGUUGUGCUGUGAGAAUGGUGGUGAAUUUGAUUAUUUCUGGUGGCUAGAUUUAGGGGAGGGACCUUUGUUUUCUUAGGAGCUAACAGGAGAAAUGACUUCUUAAUAGAAGUUUAAAGAGAUAAGAUACUUUCAGCCCAUUGAUGAGUCACGGAAUCUUAGGGUGGCAAAGUCAGAGGCCCGCUGCCCCAGCUCCCACCCCUGGUCGAGGAGCCUCUGGCAGCUUCGCAUUUAUUACUCUUAAGUUGAGCA